UUUCUUUUUUUUCUUUACUUUCAUUUUGAUCCAAGUUCAUUGAAAUUUCCACAAUUUGUCAGCGACAUGGACGAAGAAUCUGCUUCUAAUGGUUCCGUUUUCAGAAAAUUCGAAGGAGAAGAGACUAUGGGAAAAGUUCUUCUAUUCGCAAUCGUAUCAAUCUUCACAGGGAUUAUGUUCCUCCUCUUGCUUCAUCUCUACGCUAAACUUUUUUGGUGGCGUGUGAAACAACAUUUCAACCUAAACCUAAUCCAAUCCGAAUCCGACGAUCCUGGCUCCACAGUCAUCAGUCGUAACCAUCGACGACGUCGGUUAGUCUUCGCUCAAGCUCAAGAAGAUCCUCCUGACCACAACACCGGUCUUGAUUCUAAAAUCCUCCAGUCGAUCCACGUUGUUGCUUUCAAGUCUACGGACUUUAAAGACGGGCUAGAAUGCGCGGUUUGUUUAUCCGAACUCGUUGAUGGCGACAAAGCUAGGGUGUUGCCAAGGUAUAAUCAUGGGUUUCAUGUUGAUUGCAUCGACAUGUGGUUUCAGUCUCAUUCCACUUGUCCUCUCUGUAGAAACACAGUUGGUUCCGUGGAAGAGACUACACAUGAAGGAAGUGAGGGUUUAUCUCAAAAUCAAAACUUUGAAUCAGGGCACUCGAUUAAUCAGCGUAAUCAAUCUCAAGAUCAGAGCCCUGUUCUUGGGUUUUCGACAGAACCUGUGAGUUUUCCGACAAAUGUACUGGUUUGUGGAGAUCAGAACCAAGUUAGAAGUCCAAGCUUCGUUGUUUCUGAAGAUACUACUUCUGGAAAUUUUGCAGAUUCUUCUAACCACCAUCAACAGGAAUCGAGUAGUACUACCAAUACCUGUGACAGAGCACAAGAAGUGUCGGCCGUUGUGGUGGACAUUCCGGCGGAUUCAAUUGAGAAUUCGUCCGAGAGAAUUGGCGAAGAAGAACCUAGGUCACCAAUGUUCACGAAGUUAAGAUCGCUUAAGAAGUUUUUGAGUAGAGAGAAGAAAGGUAUAGUUUGCACUAUUGGUUCAAGCGGGACCAACAACAACAAUUUUUGAAUAAAGAGGUAACCUGAACCCAUUCAAGAGAGAGAUCUCGAGAUCAAAAUAUGAAUUGGUUAUCUUUGUAUAUCAUGUUACAUGUUACAUAUGUUUUUCUGUUAGAGAUGAUGAUCACGCU